CAGGGAGGGAGCUCGGCAAGCUCAGCCAUAAAGUUGCAGCACACACAGCUAAGAAUAAAGGACAAAGGAGAGACUUGAUUAAAGAAAGCAGCAAUGGACCUGAUCCCAAACAUUUCCUUGGAAACCUGGAUGCUCCUGGCUACCAUCCUCGUGCUCCUGUAUCUGUAUGGAACCUCCACACAUGGAAAUUUUAAGAAAUUAGGGAUUUCUGGACCUAAACCACUGCCUUUUGUGGGAAAUAUUCUUGCAUACCGCCAUGGAUUUUGGGAGUUUGAUAGACACUGCCAUAAAAAAUAUGGGGAUAUAUGGGGGUUUUAUGAGGGACGACAACCUAUUUUGGCUAUAACAGAUCCAGAUAUAAUAAAAACAGUGCUGGUAAAGGAAUGUUAUUCUACCUUCACAAACCGUCGGAGCUUUGGUCCAGCGGGAAUUUUGAAAAAAGCUAUCACCUUAUCUGAGGAUGAAGAAUGGAAGAGAUUAAGAACAUUGCUAUCUCCCACCUUCACCAGUGGGAAGCUCAAGGAGAUGUUCCCCAUCAUUAACCAGUAUGCAGAUUUGCUGGUGAAAAACGUGAAACAUGAAGCAGAAAAAGGCAAUCCCAUCACCAUGAAAGACAUCUUUGGGGCCUAUAGCAUGGAUGUGAUCACAGGCACAUCAUUUGGAGUAAACGUGGAUUCCCUCAACAACCCACAGAAUCCCUUUGUACAAAAAGUGAAGAAACUCUUAAAAUUUAAUUUCUUGGACCCAUUCUUUCUCUCAGUGAUACUCUUUCCAUUCCUUACCCCAGUUUUUGAAGCAUUUGACAUAACUGUGUUUCCAAAAGAUGUUAUGAAGUUUUUUAGGACUUCUGUAGAACGAAUGAAAGAGAACCGCAUGCAAGAGAAAGUAAAGCAAAGAUUAGAUUUUCUUCAACUGAUGAUAAACUCCCAAAGUUCUGGAGAUAAAGAGUCUCACCAAGGUUUAACUGAUGUGGAGAUUGUGGCUCAGUCCAUUUUCUUUAUUUUUGCCGGCUAUGAGACCACUAGCAGUGCUCUUUCCUUUGCUUUGUAUUUGCUGGCCACACACCCUGAUCUCCAGAAGAAACUGCAGGAUGAAAUUGAUGCAGCUCUGCCCAAUAAGGCACCUGUGACCUAUGAUGUCCUGGUAGAGAUGGAGUACUUGGACAUGGUGUUAAAUGAAACUCUCAGAUUAUUUCCAGUUGGUGGAAGACUCGAGAGGGUCUGUAAGAAAGAUGUUGAAAUCAAUGGGGUUUUUAUACCCAAAGGGACUGUGGUGAUGGUACCAACCUUUGCUCUUCACAAAGACCCAAAGUGCUGGCCAGAGCCUGAGGAAUUUUGUCCUGAAAGGUUCAGAAAGAAGAAUCAGGACAGCAUCAAUCCUUACAUAUACCUGCCCUUUGGUAAUGGACCCAGGAACUGUAUUGGCAUGAGGUUUGCUCUCAUGAACAUGAAAAUUGCUCUUGUCAGAGUCCUGCAGAACUUCUCCUUUGGACCUUGUAAAGAAACUCAGAUUCCUUUAAAACUAAGAAAGAAAGGAUUUUUUCAACCAGAAAAACCCAUCAUUCUAAGGGCUGUAUCAAGAGAUUGAACCAUGAGUGGAGCUUGAUAUUAUGCCUACUCUAGCACCAUGACACAUGGCAUCAGAAACCAAAUUAUUUGUGAAGAAAAUGCAGCGAUGAAGACGGGAUUGAUUCUCUUCAUGUAUGGUGGACUCUGGGCCUUCAUCAAGAUGCUCACCUCCUCUAGCCACCAAAGUUCAGCAAUCACAUGCUUCCCAAAAUAGAAAAAAGCAAGAGU